GCUGUGACGAUUGUGGGAAGGAUUUUCUUUUAAAGGCUAAUCUAGAAAUCCAUCAGGUCAUCCACACUGGAGAAAGACCUUUUAGCUGUGACUUGUGUGGAAAGUCUUUUUCCUGGAGGGGUUCCCUAAAAGCACACAAACUAAUCCACAGUGGAGUUAAAGCGUACAGCUGUGAUCACUGUGGCAAAACUUUUACUCACAGUCCCAACUUAAAAAGUCAUCUACUUACCCACUCUGAAAUUAAGGCAUACAGCUGUGACAUUUGUGGGAAGACUUUCAGACAUAUAGGGAGCCGAAAUGCACACCUACUCAUUCACACCGGACAUGAUGUGCACUGCUGUAAUCAGUGUGGUAAAGUGUGUUUAACAGGAAAAGCCUUAAAACAGCACAUGUUUAUUCACUCUGAUGAGAGACCUCAUAAAUGUGACCUCUGUGAGAAGACUUUUAAAUCUAUGCAUUACUUGAGGCUACACCAACAGAUCCACACCAGAAAGAGACUCUACAAGUGCAGUUACUGUGAGAAGCAGAGCGACACAGAUGGAUCCAGUUCUCAACCCUGUCAUCACUGUGGGAAAGCGUUUCGUUGUGACAUUUGUGGAAAAACAUUCAGUCGACAAGACUACCUCAAAGUACAUCAACGUAUACACACUGGAGACAAAAUUAAAUGCUGCAGAGAAUGUGGUAGAGGCUUCCCCACAUCACGUGACUUAGAACGACAUGAACUCAUUCACAGUGGGGUUAAAAUGCACGUCUGUGACCAGUGUGGGUCAUCCUUCACCCUUGCAAGUGGCCUUAAAAAACACAAACGUGUCCACACAGGAGAGAGACCAUACAAGUGCAGACACUGUGACAAAAGCUUCUCACAAACAGGUAGUCUUACUAUACAUUCCAGAAUAAAAACUGGAGAGAAAAAAUACAGCUGUGACAAGUGUGGGAAAGAUUUUACCGUAAAAGCUGCCCUAAAAAUGCAUCAGGUCAUCCACACUGGAGAGAGACCGUUCAGCUGUGGAGACUGUGGAAAGUCUUUUACCACGUCUGGAAACUUAAAAAGGCACCAACUCAUCCACACUGGAGAGAGACCGUUCAGCUGUGGAGACUGUGGAAAGUCUUUUACCACGUCUGGAAACUUAAAAAUGCACCAACUCAUCCACACUGGAGAGAGACCGUUCAGCUGUGGAGACUGUGGAAAGUCUUUUACGCAGUCUGGACACUUAAAAUCACACCAACUCAUCCACACUGGAGAGAGACCGUUCAGCUGUGACGAGUGUGGAAAGUCUUUUACCGAGUCUGGACACUUAAAAAGACACCAACUCAUCCACACUGGAGAGAGACCAUUCAGCUGUGACGAGUGUGGAAAGUCUUUUACCGAGUCUGGACACUUAAAAACACACCAACUCAUCCACACUGGAGAGAGACCAUUCAGCUGUGACGAGUGUGGAAAGUCUUUUACCAAGUCUGGACACUUAAAAACACACCAACUCAUCCACACUGGAGAGAGACCAUUCAGCUGUGACGAGUGUGGAAAGUCUUUUACCGAGUCUGGAAGCUUAAAAAGACACCAACUCAUCCACACUGGAGAGAGACCAUUCAGCUGUGACGAGUGUGGAAAGUCUUUUACGCAGUCUGGAAACUUAAAAACACACCAACUCAUCCACAGUGGAGUUAAAGCGUACAGCUGUGAUCAGUGUGGCAGAGUUUUUACUCACAGUAACAGCUUACAGAGUCAUCUAGUUACCCACUCUGGAAUUAAGGCAUACAACUGUGACAUUUGUGGAAAAACUUUCAGCCGGAUAGAGAGCCGAAAUACACACCUACGCAUUCACACCGGACAUGAUGUGUACUGCUGUGAUCAGUGUGGCAAACAGUUUGCUAUAAACACGCAGUUACAACGCCACAUGUUUACCCACUCUGAGGAACGACCUUAUAAAUGUGACCUGUGUGAGAAGACUUUAAAAUCUCCAUAUUACCUGAAAGCACAUCAAAAGAUCCACACCAGAAAGACUCUACAAGUGCAGUUACUGUGAGAAGCAGAGCGACACAGAUGGAUCCAGUUCUCAACCCUGUCAUCGCUGUGGGAAAGAGUUUCAUUGUGACCUUUGUGGAAAAACUUUCAGUCAUCGAAGGACUCUGAAAAUGAACAAAAUGAACUACUGUAAAGAAUGCGGGAGGGGCUUCACCACUUCAAAGGACUUCAAACAAUAUGAACUCCUUCAAAGUGGGGUUAAAAAGCACGUCUGCGAUCAGUGUGGGUCAUCCUUCAUCAGUGCACAUAAGCUUCAAAAGCGAGUCCACACAUGAGAGAAACCAAACAAGUGCAGACACUGUGACAAAACCCUUUCACAAUCAUGUGAUCACACUAAGCAUGAACACAGACACAUGAAAGAGAACUUCAUCUGUGAAAGAGUUUGAGUAAUCUCAGUUCAUGCUUCACUCACAAACGAUUCCAUGUUACGAAUAACCUGUUACGUCUUGAUUCCCGCUUUUAAGUAAAUCUUGUAAACAGAAUGAAAAUGUGCCUCGCUACAUUUUAAGCUUUCUAAACUGUUCUACUGUAGUGUUUGUGUUGAGUGGUUAGCUUUGUUCCAGUAGUUGAAUCAAAAAAUCUGUUUCCUGUUAUCAUGUUUUUAAUGAAUGCAUCGAUCCAUGUUUUCUGCAGGGGUUUUUUUUUUUUUUCAGCUUGUUUGCGUUAUGAAAUCCUGCAACAGUUAAACCAAAAUUUUAUAUGUCAAAUAAAGAAAUGGUUUACUGACAAAGA